AUGGAUGCGGCACUGGCCUUAUUGGACUUACACAGGAGUAAUAAUGGAAGAAAACACCAAAAGCAACCAGUCCCCAAGAAGAAAAUAACAUACGAGGUGGCCACCCAAACGGAUUUCGAAGUGAAUGUAUCUCAAAUAGAAAAAAUGGAAAAAGUAAUUAAAGAUUUAUGUUCCAAAAUAGAAGUCCUAGAAGCGAAACUUAAAACCGAAAAGCCAGAGACCCCCUCAUUUACAGAUUCAUUCGAACGAAUGCCAGACUAUUCGAGUGAUGACUAUUUCAGACCACAACCAAGAAGGAGAUCUAAUAAGCGAAAAAGAAAUUUGACAGUCACCACAGACUUCAGUUCAAUUGGAGAUUGCGAUUCUACAUUUAAUAAAGGCAAAGAUGAUUCUAUAGAGAACGAUGUGAAGCGAAUAAAAGCUUCGACGCCGAAAAAUAAUCUUAAGACUAAUAACGACUCGGUGCCUAUCGGUGAUGGAAAUGCUGUGGUCCCAGCUAGGCUUUUUAGGCAUAUGGAUUGGACUUCAUACACAAACGCUACAAGAAAACUACUAACUGCUGUAUUUUCGAGAAAGGUACUGGCAACCCACUCUUUAACUGGAAAACCUUCUCCAGCAUUUCCAGACAAACCGGCUAAAAAGAAGCUGGAUCCAAAGUUGGUAAAUGACAUUGUACAGACGGUAGUAGAAAAAUGUUGCGUCCCCGAAAAUGUUGUCAGGACUAGUAUCACAACAAAGUGUGCGGACGAAAGCAAAAUGUUCCGAACGCGCGAACUAAACAAAAAGAAGCCAAAGUCCACAAAGAAAGAAAAUAUCGCCCCAGAUGAUGAAUCAGAAGACUCUUCGUUUUCUGAUUAG